AUGACUUCACAAAAAAUCAUUUUACCAUUAUAUAUUCAAAAAAUAAUAAUUAAAAUUUUAUGUAAAUUUAUAAAUAAUAAUAAUAAAGUUUUAGAUACACUUGGAUUUAAAAAUUAUAGAGACAGUGAAAAAGCAAUCAAAAAGUUAAUGAUAAAUUUAGCAUUAGUUUCACAUAGUUGGUUUAAUACCUUUUCAAAUAAUUUAAAUGUUUCUAUUGAUUUCAACUAUGGUAAUUCAGAAUACUCAAUUAUAAAAAAAGAGAAUGUAAAAACUUUGAAACUUCAUUAUGAUCAUGAUAAACAUCACUUUUAUAAUAAAAAUAUAAAUAAAAAAGAUAAUAAAAAAUAUGAAGUUGAAAUUCCAAUUGGUGAAGUUUUAGAAAAAUUAAAAAUAUUAAAAUCAUCUUCAAAUUCAUCAUUUCAAAAUUUAAUAAUUAGAAAUAUAGGUAAUUCAAUAGAAAGUAUUCCAAAGCUUUUGAAUCCUAUUCAAACUUUUGGCACCACCACAACCAUCAAUAAUAAUUUUAAUGAACAACAAAUUAUUGAAAAAAUAAGUUUAUUAGAGUAUAAAAUUGAUCAAGAUUUAGCAAUUGAAACUUUAAAAGAACUUGAAACUUUUAAUGUGAAAAAAUUAUUUUGCAUUACAACCUCUGGGUCUUUUAAAAUUUUAGAAGAUUUUUUUAAAAUUUAUGCAAGAAAUUUAAAGCAAUUCUUAUUUUUAAAGUUUGAUAAUAUGCCAAAUUAUAUUUCUCAACUAAAUGAAGAUGGUAGUGACACAAAUGAACUAUUACCAUGCUUUAAGACUUUAUUUUCAUUAAACAAAUGUAAAUCAAUUGUAUUCUAUGGAAAUCUUUUUAUAAGUCAAUGUAAAAAUAAUAAUCAUUUAAAUAUUUAUGGAAUGCAAAUUAGAUUAAAAGAUAUUGAAAACUUAUUAGAUUUUAAAAAAAAUGAUUAUUUUGAAAGUUUAUCUUUAACUAUUUGUUUUUAUAAUUUAAGUUUUUUCUUAACUCCAACUUCAAUAAUAUCACAAUCAUUACUAUCACCACCACAAACAUCUCCUAAAUUUUCAAAAUUUUCAAAAUCAUCAUCAUCAUCAUCACCAGAACCUCAAAUAUCAAGAUUAUUUAAGAAAUGUCCAUGUGGGCAAAGUCAAAAUGAGGAUGAUUUUAAAAUGAAUUGGAAUUCAUUAAUUGAAUGUCUUAAAAUUAAUACAAAAAAUUUAAAACAUUUAGAUUUAUCACAUGAAUGUAAACAUUCCCUCCUUAAUCCAUAUUUAAAUUAUCCAAUUCAAUUCUAUAGUGGUAUUGCUAAAAUAUUAAACUCAAUACCUUUAUUAGAAUCCUUUUCUUCAUAUUGUUUUCCAUCACCUUCAACUUUAAUUAAUGAACUUUUUUCAGCACCAACUUCUUUUUUGGAAACAAAUGAAACAAUAAAACUGGGGGAAAAAUUAAAAAAACCUGUUUGUUCUAUAACUAAAUUUACAUUUUUUAUUCAUAAGGAUUAUUACACUGAUGCCCAAUUAACUGAAACUAUUCAAUCAACAAGCUAUUCACUACAAAGACAUCAAUCAAUUACAAAUCUCAAACUAUAUCUAACAUCUUCAAAUAAUUAUAAGAAAAAUCUUAUAUUUAAAUUUGAAAAAUAA